CCGGUGGACCAAAGACAGAGAGCAGCGAUGUGCCUGGUGGAGAAGCACAUUAGACCAACUACUUAACUACGUGUCAGUACAAUUAGAAUCAUACAGUAGAUAUUACCAUUAGGAGUCAGUUAGAAAGGUAAUCAUACCUUAGUUAAGAUGGAUGACCACAUCAACAACCAGGUUAUUGAAGAAAAGCAGAAGAGAGCAAUGAGGAGAGUGAAGACUGAGACCAAUCGCUCAGGACCUGAGGAUUCAGGGAGAAGACUCUAUAGGAUGGUUUCUGUGAGCUUUGGGAUGCUGUGUGUUCUACAAGUCACUCUCAACAUCUCCCUGAGACUCGUCUAUAACAGAUGCUUCAAAUAUUCUGAAGAGAGAGACCAGCUACAGACCAGUUACAACAACCUGACCAAAGAGAGAGACCAGCUACGGAUGAGUUACAACAACCUAACUAAAGAGAGAGACCAGCUACAGACUGAGAGAGAUUUUCUUAGCAGGAGGUUUACCAAUCUCAUAGAACAAACAUGUCCUGAAGGCUGGCAGAAGUUUGAAUCCAGUUGGUACUUCCUGUCUACUGAGACUAAAACGUGGAAUGAGAGCAGAGAGGACUGUCUGAAGAGAGUAGCAGACCUGGUGAUCAUAACCAGUGAUGAGGAACAGACGUUUCUCUUCAACCUCAAGAAGAGGGUCUGGAUUGGUCUGACUGACUCUGUUAAUGAGGGGACCUGGAAAUGGGUGGACGGCACCCCACUGACCACAAGGUACUGGUAUGAUCCACAGCCUGAUAAUGGUGGUGGCUAUGCAGAACAUGGCGAGGAGCACUGUGCUGAAAUAAACAAAGUUCACCAUCAUCUGAAGGCAUGGAAUGACUUGUCAUGUGACAAGAAAAUCUACUUUAUUUGUGAGCAAGUGAUUUAACAUCACCAUGACAACAUACUGUAACACGUACAGCAGCUUAUAGUGCACAGAACUUUGUCUCUCUCUCUCUCUCUCUCUCUCUCUCUCUACACACCUAUUGUUGUAUUUUUUUGUUGUAUCAUAUUAAUAA